AUGACCGCCUCACGAAGUUUUGCCAACUCCGAACCGUUUGAGAUAGUUUUCGACCACCUUUGGGCGGUAGAUAUCUCAGCCAUAAAUUGGCGUCACAAAAAAGAGUGGAACGGUGUCGAAUCGAAUGAUCUCGUUGCCAAAUUGACAUCGAAAAGGCGAGAGAUUACGCGUCCGGGAAAGUACUCGAAAGAUUAUGAAAACGAGUCAACUAGGUGUUUCCAGACAUCGCUGGUAACUGGAUCCUGCAUCACGACAACGCACCGUGCCACACUGCCCUCAGCGUCUUCCAGUAUUUGGCCGCUAAAGGGAUCGCCGUCCAAUUGCACUCACUUAUCCGAUGAAGUUGAAAGCACCACCACCACCACCAAUAUUGGCAUGGAACAUGUGCAAGUACACACCCUACGAGCAUUCAACUGCAACACCACAGCACUGGGAUCUUGGCCUCCGGCAGCAGCUACACAAUUCUAUUAGCCAACAGUUAUAGUGUACUUACGGCGGCGCCACAGGAGCUCCGAACAAACAGAUUUUAUCCGACAUGAGUUACAUUGGCAAAAUCUUUGUCAUCUCGGGUAUUACUGGACCACACGCUGGCAGCCGCCGGGCGCUCGAACUUUUCGCAGCAACAUUUGCGGGUCACGAUCUUUACUAAGGACAUCUGUCAAACUUCAUUUCGUUUGUAAUUAACGGGUUGCUUUUGAUUUCCUGUUUUAGUGAAAGUGAAAUCGCAGAAAAUGAGAAAAUUAGUUAGAAAGAGAUUAGGAAUUGUAAUCAAAUGGAUAAAAUUGAAUUAAUGUG